UUCAAAAAUUCACGAACUGGCGGGAAAGAAGAUGUGAAAUUGUCAACAGGUUCCGAAGGAUAAAGUUUUAACGAAAGAAUUUUAACAAAAGACUAUUAUUUAUAUUAUUUAUUCUUAAAAAGAGUCUUUAAGUUUUACUACAUUAUACGAAUACAAAUAAUUAAGAACUAUUUUUAACAAUUUUUGUCAGUUAUCGAGAGACGAAGUUUUCUGCAAUUUCAAGCUGUAAAAAAGAUUAGUAAUUAAAAAUAAUGGCGACACAGGAAAGUACUUUGUGUGGUGAUGGAUUAAAUGUUUAUUUCGUUAUUCCUGGCAAAUAUGAAAGUGAAAAAGAAUGCUCCGAUGAUAUGUGGUUGGCAUAUAAUAAAUGCGAGGAAUUUGACAUAAAUCCUGCGUGGAUUACUGAAGAUGAAUGUCAAAAAAUGCAACCGCAAAAAGUAGAUGUUUUCAUCAUGGAAGAAUUCGAAGGAAAACUAUUUGAAAGCUUAAAAGUUUCAAAGUGCUCCAGAAUUGUUGGACCAAGAUGUCUACUUUGUUGCCUAAUGAAUAAUGAGGCAAUACCCGAAGGGUCAAAUCCCGUUUUUGUCACUGCAAUGAGAAAUGUUAUCGUUUGCGCUUCUGGAUUUUCAGCAGAAAGAAAGAAUUACAUUCAACAAAAAGUAGAAUUCAUGGGCGGCGUUUAUUCACGUCAAUUACUAGGAAGUGUAACUCAUUUAGUAACCGAUCGAAUUAUGUCCCAAAAAUAUGAGAGCGCUGUGAAAAUAGAGACAGUUAAAAUAAUGACAAUCGAUUGGAUCAACGCAAUUUGGAAAGAGAAUUUAACGAAAUUUAUACAGGCAACAGAUUCGAAAUUUGAUAGAUAUAAAUGUCCGGUAUUUUUGAAUACAUUUAUUACUUCGACUGAUUUGCCGAGACAACAAAAGAAGGAAAUAUCAUCACUUGUGAAUUCAAAUGGCGGAAAAUAUAUGGGUCAUUUGGAUGCAAUGGAGACGAAUAUUCUUAUAACAUCGGAGAGAGGAACAAUGACCGAAAAAUUGAAAUUUGCUUUACAAAAGGAACUUGCGUGCUUACGAUAUCCUUGGAUUAUCGAUAGCAUCAAAGCAGGAUAUGCCCUUCCUUUUGAAAAUUAUUUAGUUACUUCGUCAAAUGCAUGUUCCACUCCAGAAAGAACAAACGCAACACUUGACUUCACCUGUGGAAGUAUAAUUCCUUUCGAAAAUCAUAUUGUCGACGAAUCAGUUGCUCAAAUGAGUACAAUGAGUAGAAUGAAUAGUACUUGCACUCCAUCGAGUACAAUGUUGACAAACAAUACAAUGACAAAUAAAGAAUCGUACAUGAUCUUCCUCGAUGGCAUUGCUCUUGCAGCGGUUAAGAAAUUAGGACCAUUUCUUGACGGAUGUAACAUUUUUCUUACUGGAUUUCAAACGAUUUAUAAAGAUAAACUGAAUAAGAUUAUAAAUGUAAGUUCUGCGACAAGAUUAGACGAAAUUACAGACAAUAUAACACACGUAUUGGUCGGAGAGAUUAAUAAGGCGAAGAGUGAUUUGAAAACAAUUUAUUCCAACGGAUUGAGACCACAUAUUGUGAAUUUUAAAUGGUUGGAAGAAAGUAUUAGACUUAAACAACCUGCAGCGGAGGAAUGUUUCUUGAUAGAAACAGAAGAAACGACGCCAAAAGUUCCUGAACCUCCUUCCCCACUCAGUAAAAAGAAUAUGGAAAUGCUUAAGAGACCACAAAAGCCGCCUCCGCCUUUAUUUGACGAGCGGAAAAAGGAUGCCGAAGUUUUUUAUGAACCCGAUCUUAUUGCCGAGUAUUCCAGAAGAACUACUGCAUCUACAAAAUCAACGGCAGAAUUAUUUCAAGCGAUCACUAAAGAUACAAAUGAAAAAUUAAUGAAAACUCAAAAUACAACAUCGCAGUCUGCAUCGUUUAGAAAUAAAACACGAGAAAAUGAAUCACUAGUUCCAUUGAGUCAAACUGAUACAGUUGUCGGAAAAAUAUUCGAAGAUCAAAAUUUCAUCUUGUCUGGUUUUGAACGUGAGGAUUAUCAACACUUGGAAAUACGUAUUCGCGCAAUGGGCGGUGAAAUUGUUUCUCGAUCUUAUUCCGGAAUUCCUGAUUAUGGAGUCGUUCCAUUUUGCGGCGGUAUCUUUCAUGGAACCGUGAACGAAAUUGUCACCGACAUGUUUAUUGAUGAAUGUGUCGAUAAAGAUGAAUUGGUGCCUCUGCAAUAUUAUCAUCGUCCGAUUGCCGUAGUGGAAGGUGUGAAACCUCUGAAUAAUUGUGUAAUAGCAAUAAGCACAUAUUCCGGUCAAGAGAGACAAUAUCUGCAACAAUUGGCCGAAUGUUUGGGAGCAUUGCAUCAAGACACAUUUGCGAGGAGGACAAAUAUGGCGAAGGGAACUUUGGCAAACACUCAUUUGAUUUGUCCUGUACCUGAAGGUUCGAAAUAUCAAGCAGCUGUCAAAUGGAAUUUGCCAGCAGUUUCUGCCAAGUGGCUUUUGGAAUGUGCGAAUAAAUUGGCAUUUGUUGAUGAAACGCCCUAUCUCAUAGGAGAGACAAAAGUGUCUGAGUCACAAAGUGCGAAAAAACCGCUUGUACAAACUUCUUCACGAGUUUUUACACCUGCACGAUUAGCAGCUGUUCAGCAACAAGAGUCGCCAGGAGCUCAAACACCCCUUAUAAAUAGACGACUCAGUGAAAUUUUGAAUAAAACUAAAACACCUGAAUCUCCAUUCCAUGUGAGAACACCGGAUACACCUUAUGGUGCAAUAUUCACAGAAAAUCCAUCGCCGAAUACGAGAAAAGAAUGGCUCAAGUGGAUUAAUCGUUUUCCUGAUUUAAGAGGCACCGAAACUCCACCACCACCGAAACGACGAGCUAGCACUCCAAUGGAUGCACUUAUACGUCAAUUCUGGACGAAAAUAGUAAAAGAGUGUGAAGGUGGGGAUGCAACUUCGAAUAAUGCCGCUGAGAAUAAUAAAGUUGAAGAAACCGAGGAUCGAACAAAUAGAAAACUCUCCUUUUCUGAUGAAAAUAGUCCUGCAAAAGCCAAUCAUGUCGAUUUACAAAUAGAGAAAUUGGAUCGAGCAUUGCGGGCGUCUACAAGUUCGCCGGACAGAAGACAAACAAUGCUUGUGGACAUUGACAAAAAUUACCUCUUGGAUCCGGAAUCAGACAAAUGCAUGGAGAAGGAAACUCAACCAUUUACUGUCGGUUGGCAACAUCCGGGGACAGCUGAGGAACAUAUAGAACAACUUCCAAAACGAAAGUUCAUGCUGUCGGGAUUAAAAGAGAAAGCGCCGUGUGAGAAGGUGAUUCUAAAUCUUGGCGGUGAAGUCUCGACGGAAUCAACUUUCGAUUCGACAGCAACGCAUUUACUUUGCAUGAAACCUUCGAGGAAUGAAAAAAUUCUCUGCAGCAUUGCAUCGGGAAAAUGGAUCUUACACGCGAAUUAUAUUAAAGACUGCGAGAUUGCCAAUAAAUUUCUUGACGAGGAAAAAUACGAAUGGGGAAAUCCUAAGUUCAGUGAUGAAUUAUCAUCAACAUUGUCGACGGAAAUCGAGCAAAUGAUGGCCGCUGCUGCUUAUCGUUGGAGAAUAAAAUUAACCAAGGAGCCUGGCGGUGCCUUUGAGAAUAUGGUUGCUUUACUUUUGGUUCAAGAAGAAAAAUACGAGUCAUUUGAAAGACUCAUUGUCGCUGGAAGCGGACGCGUUGUACUCCCCAGAUCAUCUUACGAUCCAACGUCAACGGACCAAAGGAUCACUCACAGCUUUAUUCAAUUAAAGCAAAAGGAUCAAACGAUAGAUUGGGCUCGAAUGGCGAGUAAAGGAAUUUUAUGCUUUCCACCAACGUAUCUUCACAAUCUUCUAACUAUGAAUUCGCCCGUUAACCCUCGAGAAUGCGUAUUACCGGAGUUUAAAAAGUAUUUGGCACUUUUACCGAAGUAAAUUAUUUUUUAAUCAUCAUUGAGCGCUACAAGACGAGAAAAAAAGAACUUGUGUGUACAUAAAAAAAAUCGUAUUUUUAUAAUUCAAAGGAACAUCUGAGAUUGUUGCAGAGAAGUAAAAGAAAUCACUUAUUCACAAUAUUUUUUAAUCUUCAUGUACAGUUUUUCUACGUUUAAAUACUGGAAUUAUUGAUAUUUAUCUAUUAACAAUAUUAAAAUUUAUGUUUUAGCAAAAUUUUAGGAUAAAUAAAUAAAUAAAUAAAUAAAUGAAAUUAAAA